UACGUAAACAAACUAGUUUCGAGGAAGUAGAUGACCAGACUCUACUACUACAGUCAGCAGGUAAAUGUUUCGGCUUUGGCUCGGCGGUAACCCCGGGGUGAAAUUGUUUGUUUCAUCUUGUAGAAACAUGUCGUCAGAGUCCAUUCAGUCAGGUCAGUCGAUUCACUCGGACAACAUCAAAGAGGUUCAUCACGUCCCGAUGGAUGUCGUCAUCAGACCCAUUCCUCCUGUACUGGAUGAGCUCAAAGUCCAGAGUCUGAUGAACACAAUAAAGGAGUCGGCAGACAUCAGUGUUGUUCCGCCCAUUGAUGUGCUCUGGAUCAAAGGUCGAGAGGGGGGAAAUUACUACUACUCUUUCGGAGGCUGUCACAGGUUCGCUGCCUAUCAGAGGUUAAACAUGUCGACCAUCCCGGCCAAGCUCAUCAAAUCAAACAACUCAGACCUCACCACCUACCUGGGGGCUUCCACACCUGAUCUGCGCUGACGCUGGAGCAGCUUAGAGUUUGUUUUGUUCAGAGACUUCGUUCAGGUGAUUCACACACACGGAGCUUUCUCUUUCAGCUGCUGACUGCAGAGUGACGAUUUACCAGCAGGGGGAAAUGCAACUCUUUAACCAAACAAAAAAAGUUUUUUUUAGAACAUAUGUAAUGUUAUUUAAAGGAUAUAUAUCAGUC